UUCCUAUUGGGCCUCUCCUCUGCGCAAAGCCCUCCUGUCUGAAAAAUGCAGCGCAAACGCAGAAGGUACAUGCUCUUCGCCAAUAGCUGCUUUCACUAAGCUGAAAUUCCCAAUCUAGAUUCUGCCGGCCAUGUUUCUUCGGAGACUUGCAGUAGCAUCUUCUCGCUCGAGAAGGUUUCUUAGCAGUAAUAGCAGCCAUGAUCUUGCAAGAACUAUUGCUGAGCUUAAUAAGGAAAUGGAAUCCGUGUUUGGUGAACCUCCAGCAAAUGGGCCUGCCAGUUCUCCGAGUAAUGAUUUUAUGCCUCAAGAACCCCAGUUAGCACCUCAAGAAAAAGUCGAAAGUGAACUUGGCCUAACCCACAUUGGCAAUAAAGGGGAAGCCCAAAUGGUGGAUGUUUCUCCCAAAGAAAGCAGUAAGAGAACUGCCAUUUCUAGUGGCAAGGUAAUUCUUGGAAAGCAGGUGUUUGAUUUGGUCUUAGCUAACCAGAUGGCCAAGGGUGAUGUCCUCAGUGUAGCAAAACUUGCUGGAAUAAGUGGAGCAAAGCACACAAGUAGUCUCAUCCCACUAUGCCACAACAUACCACUGACCCAUGUUCGUGUCGAUCUGACACUAAAUCCCAAGGAUUUCAGUGUGGAUAUUGAGGCAGAAGCCAGUUCAACAGGGAAAACUGGGGUUGAGAUGGAAGCAAUGACAGCAGUGAGUGUUGCUGGCCUAACAGUCUAUGAUAUGUGCAAAGCUGCCUCAAAGUCUAUACAGAUCACUGAUAUACGACUCAAGAGUAAAACUGGUGGGAAGAGUGGGGACUGGUCCAGGAAGGAGUAAGUGCAAGAUGUCACUAUCUGCAGGUUAAUGCUUUAGUGAAAGAUGCCACAUUGUAAUGGAAGUUCUCCAUUUUGGAUGAAAUGGAAUAUGAAUUGGAUAUGACCUUUGACAAAGCUAAUGUGAAUUUCUCAACUUUUUUUCUUUUGCUCAGAGAAAAAAGGAAGAAGAUCACUAGCUGCAGUAUCAUUGAAUUUAACUUGGGUGUUUGGAAAAGGUUA